UCGAAAUUCCUCAAAAAAUUCAUGCUGCACAAAUUUGUGUGGUCCAAAAUUGUUUCAGAGACUAGGAAUGCACAAUGAAGACUGUUUUAAUGGUUGCAGAAAAGCCUUCUCUGGCUCAGUCGAUAGCGAAGAUAUUGUCAGGUGGACAACUGAUCUCUAGAAAAGGUUCUAACGGGGCUUGUUCCAUUCACGAAUAUAAGGGAAAGUUCCCUCCCACUGGAGAAUCGGUUUCAUACAAAAUGACAUCAGUUUGCGGACACGUCUUUGGUUUGGACUUCACUGGAAAGUACAACAGCUGGGACAGAGUUGAUCCUGUCGAGUUGUUCACUGCACCAACUCUGAAGAAAGAAGCCACAGAGAAGUUACGCAUGCCAAAUUUCUUGGAGAAAGAGGCAAGGGGGGUAGACUACUUGGUCUUGUGGCUGGAUUGUGACAAGGAGGGGGAGAACAUCUGCUUUGAAGUGAUUGACUGUGCAAAACCAAGCAUGAAUCGAUUUUCAGAUCAGUGUGUGUACAGAGCCAAGUUUAGUGCAAUCACCGACAAAGACAUCAAGAGCGCCAUGACAAAGCUGAUCGCUCCGAACAAAAACGAGGCCCUGUCAGUGGACGCCAGACAGGAGCUGGACUUGAGAAUCGGAUGUGCAUUUACACGGUUUCAGACGAAAUAUUUCCAGGGGAAGUAUGGAGAUUUGGACAGUACCCUGAUUUCCUAUGGUCCUUGUCAGACCCCCACCCUGGGACUCUGUGUGGACAGGCACGAUAAAAUACAGUCCUUCAAACCAGAACCAUACUGGGUCAUUCAAGUCAAGUUGGCUUUGCCAGAAGGCAGGACUGUGGACAUUGACUGGGAUCGAAUCCGAGUGUUUGAUAAAGAGGUGGCUCAGAUGUUUGUGAACAUGAUCAAGUCUUCAGACUCUGCAAGAGUUUUGAAAGUUACUCAGGAUGUGAAGUCAAAAGCUAGACCCCAAGCUCUGAAUACUGUGGAAAUGCUCAGGGCAGCAAGCUCAGGCCUGGGUAUGGGCCCACAGCAUGCAAUGCAGAUGGCUGAGCGACUGUACAUUCAGGGUUAUAUCAGCUACCCCAGAACAGAGACAACGCAAUAUCCUGAAAACUUCGAUCUUGUUGGCACUCUUCGCCAGCAGGCUUCAAGCUCUAUGUGGGGGGACUAUGUCCAGAAUCUUCUCAGGGAGGGAAUUCAGAAACCAAAGAAAGGGACAGAUGUAGGGGACCACCCUCCCAUCACCCCAAUGAGGCCUGCCACUGAGGCUGAAUUAGGUCAUGAUGCCUGGAGGCUGUAUGAUUUCAUCACCAGACACUUUAUAGGAACUAUAUCCCCAGACUGCAAGUACCUGCAGACUACUGCGUUCUUUGAGAUUGGUGCUGAGAGAUUUACCUGUACAGGUUAUCGGGUUACCGACCCAGGGUUCACCGCCGUCAUGUCCUGGAAAUCACUGGAGGACGAAUGGACACUGCCCGAAUUCAAGAAGGACAUGGACUACAACAUUACAGAGGUGAAGAUGGUAGAGAAGCACACUAGUCCUCCCGACUACUUAACAGAAUCGGAGCUUAUCUCGCUAAUGGAGAAACACGGCAUCGGAACCGAUGCCAGCAUCCCUGUCCACAUCAACAAUAUCUGUGAGAGGAACUACGUGACGGUCACCAGUGGUCGCAGGCUCAAACCCACACCCCUGGGCAUCGUCCUUGUACAUGGAUACCAAAAGAUUGACAUUGAGCUGGUGUUGCCCACCAUGAGAUCUGCAGUAGAGAAACAGCUGAAUCUGAUCGCAGCAGGGAAAGCAUAUUUUGAGGACGUUCUGAAGCACGCCUUGAACAUCUUCUGCUUGAAGUUCAAAUACUUUGUGGAGAACAUCGGUGGUAUGGAUGAAUUGUUCGAGGUUACCUUCUCCCCUUUGGCAGCAACUGGAAAACCAUUAUCUAGGUGUGGCAAAUGCAGACGCUACAUGAAAUAUGUGCAAGCUAAGCCAAGCAGGCUGCAUUGUUCUAACUGUGAUGAAACCUACUCCCUGCCACAGAAUGGCAACAUCAAGCUGUACAAGGAACUCAAGUGUCCUCUAGAUGACUUUGAACUGGUUCUCUGGACAACAGGAGUCAGGGGAAAAAGUUUCCCUCUCUGCCCUUACUGCUUCAACAAUCCUCCGUUUCCGGACAUGCGUAAACAAUUUGGCUGCAACCAGUGCACUCAUCCGACCUGUCAGCACGCGCUGAUCCAGCACGGGGUGUGUGAGUGUGUGGAGUGUGAGACGGGGAUUCUGGUGCUGGACCCAACUUCCUACCCAAAAUGGAGGAUGGCUUGCAACAAGUGCCAAGUGGUGAUCAACUUCUUUGAGAAUGCCCACAAAGUGAGCGUGUCCGAGGAGCUUUGUGACGACUGCGGAGCCCACAUAGUGGAUGUGGACUUUAGCAAGGAAAAGACGCCCUUGCCAAACAAAGAGACCAAGCAUUCUGGUUGUGUGUUCUGUGACUCUAUAUUCAAAAAUUUGGUUGAAAAACACCAUGCCAUCAUUCGACGUAAAAGACCGGGUGGGGGACGGGGCAGAGGAAGGGGUGGGAGGGGGAGAGGGAGGGGCAGGGGCCGGCCAAAGCCCAAGGAUAAAAUGGCUCAGCUGGCUGCGUACUUUGUGUAGUCUGACAAACACUGUCAAUCUACAGGUGCAUAUUUUAUAAUUUAAAGAGGUGAGAGCAUUUUAACAAAAUUGUUACAACUCACUUGCUUAUUUUAUAAAGUUUAGGUAAAGGCUGUUGUUUCAGAGUGAA